AUGCAGGCUCGCUACUCCGUGUCCAGUCCCAACUCCCUGGGAGUGGUGCCGUACCUCGGCGGAGAGCAGAGCUACUAUCGCGCCGCCGCGGCGGCAGCCGGCGGGGGCUACACGGCCAUGCCGGCCCCGAUGAGCAUGUACUCCCACCCGGCCCACGAGCAGUACCCGGCCGGCAUGGCCCGUGCCUAUGGGCCCUACACCCCGCCGCCGCAGCCCAAGGAUAUGGUGAAGCCUCCCUACAGCUACAUCGCUCUCAUCACCAUGGCCAUCCAGAACGCACCCGAUAAGAAGAUCACCUUGAACGGGAUCUACCAGUUCAUCAUGGAGCGGUUCCCUUUCUACCGGGACAACAAGCAGGGCUGGCAGAACAGCAUCCGCCACAACCUCUCCCUCAACGAGUGCUUCGUCAAGGUGCCCCGCGACGACAAGAAGCCCGGCAAGGGCAGCUACUGGACCCUCGACCCCGACUCCUACAACAUGUUCGAGAACGGCAGCUUCCUCCGCCGCCGCCGCCGUUUCAAGAAGAAGGACGCCGUCAAGGACAAGGAGGAGAAGGACCGCCUGCACCUCAAGGACCAUGCCCCACCGCGCCCGCCGCCACCCGCCGCCACCGAGCCCGAGGGCGGCCCCGCCGCGGGCAGCGCCGCGCCGCCGCCGCCGCCCGUCCGCAUCCAGGACAUCAAGACGGAGAACGGCACGGCCUCGCCGCCGCAGGCCGUGUCUCCCCCCGGCGCCGCGCCGCCGCUCGGCGCCGUGCCCAAGAUCGAGAGCCCCGACAGCAGCAGCAGCCUCUCCAGCGGCGGCAGCCCCCGCAGCACCCUCCCCUCCAGCCGCUCCCUCAGCCUGGAGGCCCCCGAGCCGCCGCCCCCGCCGCCGCCGCCGCCGCCACCGCCACACCACCACGGCCCGGGCUUCAGCGUGGACAACAUCAUGACCUCGCUGCGGGGCUCUCCGCAGGCCGCCGCCGAGCUGGGCGCCGGCCUCCUGGCCCCCGCGGCCGCCGCCCCGCGCACGGGCAUCCCGCCUGCCCUCUCCCUCGGCGGCUACUCGCCGGGCCACAGCUCCGUCUACGGCUCGCCCUGCGGCCAGGCGGCCGCCGGCGCCGCCGCCGGCACCUACCACUGCAACAUGCAGGCCAUGAGUCUCUACGCGGCGGCGGGCGGCGCCGACCGACCCGGCCACCUGCCCGCCGCCGCCGCCAGCCCCGCCGAGGACCCGCUGCCCGACUACGCCAUGCCCGCGGGCGGCGGCGGCGGCGGCGGUGGCGGGGCGGGGGGCGGCGGCGGCGGCAGCGGGCCGUUGGGGCACGGCGGGCUGGGCGGCGCGGCGGGCGGCCACCAGGAGGGGCACCACCCGCACCCGCACCAGGGCCGUCUGGCCUCCUGGUACCUCAACCAGGCGGCGGCGGCGGCCGCGGCAGCGGCGGCAGCGGCGGGGGAGCUGGGCCCGCUGGCGGGCGCGGCGGGCUACGCGGGGCCGCAGCAGGGCUUCGCCGCCGCCCCGCGGGAGGUCUUCGAGGCGCCGCGGCUGGGCCUCAGCGCCUCUCCGGGCGGCGGCGGCGGCGGUGGCGGUGGUGGCGGCGGGGCGGGGGGCGGCGGCGGGGCGGGGGGCGGCGGUGGCAGCUGUCAGAUGGCCUUCCCCGGCAGCCAGCCGCUCUACCGCACCUCCGGGGCCUUCGUCUACGACUGCGGCAAGUUCUGAGCGCGGGACGCCGCGGGGGACACCGCGCAGCAGCGCGCCGACGGCCCCCGCUGCGCCCGCGGAGAGAAGAGAGCGCACGCGAAAAGCUUUUGUACAGAGACAGCCCCAAAGCAUGUCUUGGUUUGUUAAAGGACAGUGUUACUCCAAUAACACGUAAGUUUGGUUUUUUUUAAUUGCUUUGAGAAAUACUUUCCCCCCCUCCCCGUCCCCUACCCUUCUCUCGUCCCCAUCGCUUAAGGUCUUGCCCCGUGGUUAAAAGGGAGCGAAAAGUCCAGCGUAAAGUACCAGCUUUCUCCCCUCUCACAUCCCUUCCUCUUUUACAAGGACUUGUUUUAAAAUGUAAAUUGCGACAUAGUAAUUUAUUUUUAAUUUGUAGUUGGAUGUUGCGGACCAAACGCCAGAAACUGUUUCCCCUUCCCUGAAAAGUGACGUUAAAAUUGACUGAAACGCUGAUUUUUUUCACUAUAUA